CAUCUGAUUAGCAAGGUGCUUAGAAAUUGAACUGGCUCUUGGCUGUGAGUUGAAACUUGCACCAGGGUUUGCAGUAUUCUGUUUCGAAGUGUGGUUUCCCCCCUCACCCCCUGCAAGUCGCCUCGAUCCACCCUUUUGCAAUCAUGCCUCCAAAAAGGACGGCACCAAGUGAGGGUGAGCAAAAACAUGAAGCAAAAGUGGUUAAACAGCUCAGAAGAUCCGGUAGAUUGGAAAAAGUCGCAGCUGCGGCGGCUGCUGCUGCUGCUGCUAAAGAAGAGUCCAAACCACAGAAACGUGCCAGGCUUUCACCAAAACCCAAGAAACAGCCCAAAGGGAAGGAAAAGAAAAUAACCAAGGAAGAGGUUGCACCUGCUCAAAAUGGUGAAACAAAACCUGAUGAGGAACAGAAAACUGAAUCUGCAAGCGAUCAGAAUGAUGACUGAAGGAUCUACCAUUGUCUUUGGUUGAUUUUUAUGUAACACUUGUAGAAUUGAAAAUAUUUUUAUCAAGUUAUUUUGUAAAUGCAAAUAUUUUUAGGGUUAGUACAUUUUUUGUGUGUUUGAAAGACAUUGAUAAAAUCGAAACAUCCUUUCAGCAAUUGGGAUAUUUGUAACCUUUUUAUUGUGCAAAAAAAUCAGUUUUACAAUUGGAAAGAUUUUACAUUGGUUUUCUUUUGGCUAACUUGGAUAUGUGUUCCAUGGGCUUUUAAUUUAGAAAUGAUGCCUUUAGUACUUUAAGGUAAUUGAAAUGUAUAAUUGCAAACUUAGUUUCACUUUUGAAUGUUUGUCGUAAAGCAAUAAAUUGUGAAAUGUUCUAAGAGUUGAUGGAUGAGUGAUGAUGUGAUCACCUGCUUGGUUUGUGAAAUCUGUUUUGUAAUAAUAAAUGGGGUUUUCCGCAUUUA